CUGACUCAGCCUAUCAGUUAAGAAGGGGCUGAAAGAAAACAAACGAACGAACACCAUGUUCUCGUUACGUUCAGACCCCUCUAAUGAAACGCUCUACUAAAUGAGAAGUGCUAAACAUUGUUCAAAGUGAUUGAUAGUGUCCAACUGUUGGAACGUUCUCUGCCCAUCGUUGCUGCAGCGUGGGGUUUCCCAGCGCUGACUGCAGGGUUACCGCGCCCAUCUCCCCAUCUCGUCGUUCGAUGGCCGGACGAGAGUGUAACUACGGAAAAGGCAGAUGUUAAGCUUGGAACACGGGAGACAGUAAGGCUGUCUUGCUGAAUGAGGUAUAGUGAUUUUAAAGAUUAGCCUUUUUGUUUGCCUUGGCAGCGUCUUCGGUACAAGGCUAGUGGGUGUGAUUUCUCCCCCCGCCCCUCUCCGGUUGGUUGACUGAGGUUGUCAAGCUCCCUAGCGGUAGCCUGCGUUCGGGAAGGGCUGCUCCUCGGAAAUCUAACGCUAGCUGGCUAGCUCGUACUAAGCUAGCGUUGUGGUGUUCGUUGAUGCGUGGAUCGGAGGUACUGCUUUCCAGUCAAUGCAAAAACGCAAAACCAAACGCAAAUUGAAUCAGUAAUAAGUUAGCAUAUUGCUGCCUUCCUGCAACGGACGGCCGCGCCGGUGCAACGCCUUUAACUUAGAUCAACAAGUGCCCCGGUAACUGGCGUAAGGUAAUUGAAAAAGCAGAAUAAAAUGAGUGAACUGGACCAGUUACGCCAAGAGGCAGAGCAGCUCAAAAAUCAGAUCAGAGAUGCCAGGAAAGCAUGUGCAGAUGCCACAUUGUCACAGAUCACAGCUAAUAUUGACCCCGUUGGCCGAAUCCAGAUGCGUACAAGAAGAACACUGCGGGGUCAUUUGGCUAAAAUCUAUGCCAUGCAUUGGGGAACAGAUUCCAGGCUCUUGGUCAGUGCCUCUCAAGAUGGCAAACUCAUUAUUUGGGACAGCUAUACCACAAAUAAGGUCCAUGCCAUCCCACUUCGAUCUUCCUGGGUCAUGACUUGUGCAUAUGCACCUUCAGGAAAUUAUGUGGCCUGUGGUGGCUUGGACAACAUCUGCUCAAUUUACAACCUAAAAACGCGUGAAGGAAAUGUACGUGUGAGCCGUGAGCUCGCUGGACAUACAGGAUACCUGUCCUGUUGUCGCUUUCUUGAUGACAACCAGAUUGUUACAAGCUCUGGAGACACCACUUGUGCACUUUGGGACAUUGAGACUGGCCAGCAGACAACCACAUUUGCUGGACACACAGGUGAUGUCAUGAGCCUGUCAUUGGCCCCUGACUCACGGUUAUUCGUCUCUGGUGCUUGUGAUGCCUCUGCUAAACUCUGGGAUGUUCGAGAGGGCAUGUGCAGACAGACAUUUACUGGCCAUGAGUCUGACAUCAAUGCCAUCUGUUUCUUCCCUAAUGGCAAUGCCUUUGCCACGGGCUCCGAUGAUGCCACCUGCAGGCUUUUUGAUCUGCGUGCUGAUCAGGAAUUAAUGAUCUACUCUCAUGACAAUAUCAUAUGUGGAAUCACCUCCGUUGCAUUCUCAAAGAGUGGCCGUCUUCUUCUGGCGGGAUAUGAUGACUUCAACUGUAAUGUGUGGGACACACUAAAAGCGGACCGUGCUGGUGUGUUGGCUGGACAUGACAACCGCGUUAGCUGCCUGGGAGUUACUGAUGAUGGCAUGGCAGUUGCAACAGGAUCCUGGGACAGUUUUCUGAAGAUCUGGAAUUGAAGCCUGAAGAUGUUCUUUUAACUCCAAAGUUGACUGGAAGACCAUUACAACUUCAGAAUGUUCACAGCAUCUUCUUCAACACUGUUUAAACUGACUUGGACACCACACAAACGAAGGGAAACCAAUGCCUUUCCUACACAAAGAAGAGCACAAAUGUUUAUCACCUAGUUAAGAAAGGAUCUCCUGUGGUAUCAAAUCAGAAACUUGUGCAUUCCUUCUUGGACCAUUUUAUGUUACCUUGAAAGAGAAAACAACACUAUCAUCCCAUGCAAAUGUGUGCGUCUUGAAAGCAAAUGUUGGAGUGUAAUUGUACAAAUUAUUUAACUUUUUUUUUUUUAAGAAUUCUAUUCUGAUGGUUUGUUCUUGAUGGCUUUCUUUUUGUCAUUUUUUUUCUUUAGUGGUUUUAGAUACGUUUGAAUUACAGCUUGUCUUUCUAAUCCAAUUAAAUCAUAAGACAGAUGACCGAAAACAUGCAGCAAGUAAUGCAGGUAAAAGCUUGGAUCAUAUUACACGAGCAGCUUUCAAAAUGUCCAUUAUGUAUUUAUAUACUAGCUGUUUUUGUUUCAUCACAGCCUUUUGCACAUGAAGAAGCUUUGCCUCAACUAAUACUAUGUUAACUAACCAAGCACAUGCUAUAAGUUAUGAAUGCUCAUUCCAGUACAAAAGGAGUUAUUACGAGUAACUUAUCCAGUUAACCCCCUUAAUUCUUGUACAUGCCUUUGACUUUGGGUGGUAUAGCGAGGUAGGUGCUGAGAUAAAUGGGGCAUGGCUGGAUUUUAUUAUAUGGAUGGGGGAUUGUGUUUAGUAUCCACUUUGAGUGAAACACCUCACCUGACUAAAUAGACACUUCCUUUGCUUGGGACUGCAGUUGCAACUCUGAAUGAAAUGUACAAAUCAAUGUCUGAAAAUAAUGGUCUGAUUUAAGUUAAGACAUUUAAUUUUGUCUGCCAUUGGGUUAAUUUAGAUGUGCAUGCUGUAGACUUGCUUUCAAUGGUGCAAAAUCCUAGAUUUUUUUUUUUUUUUUUGAAAAGGAGAGUAUCCUAUUGAUUUGAACUUAACAGAAGCCAAUUUCUUUUUGGCUCAAAUUCUGCAUACAUAAUGUACUAAUACUGGUAACGCUAUGCACCAGGGUGAGCAAGAAUGGAGGAAGACUUAAUAUUGACUGCAUACUUAGUGUAAAUUAUGCUUACCAGUUCUAUUGAUGCCAACUUUUGUAAUAAUUAUAACAAUCAUUGUUUCAGAAUUCUAUCCUUGACAAGUCCUUUUUCUCUCCUCCAAUUCUUCACUCUCAAUGGAACAAAAACGUCCUCACAUACUGUCCAUACUUAAACUUUUGUACAUUUUUUUUCUUGGUCUUAAAUUGAAAAUCAGAGCAUCUGAAUGACAACAUUUCACUGUAUACAGAAGCACUUUUGUUAAAGUUGUGACAUAUUUUCACUUUUCUUUUUUUCUGCGAUAAUGUACAAUAAAUGUGAUGUAUUCGUGUGUGGCCACAAGUGAAAAUGCAAUUCAACUGAGAUGGAUUUCCUUUUCUCUUUUCAUUAAUAUUAUAGAGCUCUGCACCCUUAUGUACCUUUUCACUUUUUGUAUUUCAUUUCAGUCUGUUGGUGUUACACGGUGAGCUGGAUGCAAGAUAGAUACUGUACUAAAUUGUACUGUUGAUUGAAAAAUGUAAUAAAAAGCUGUUUGAGA